AUGAGACUGGGAGGAGGGGGAGGCCAGCAUUCCUGCAUGGCUGAGGUGCCUGAGCAGGUCCAGUGUGAAACCACGAAUUGUGAACCACCCAGUGAAGCCAUUAGCUGGCUCCUCAAUAAGAGACAACGCAAGGAUUUCAGAGAUUAUUUCAUUGAUAUCCCACCUGCAGUGAUGGUGAAUGAUUAUAAUUUGCUCAGGCGGCGGAGCGGACAGGUGCCGCCGGGGCUGGCCAAGAGCCGCCGGGGCUCUCGGCCGCCGGGCCUGGCAGCGGCAGCUCUCCCGCCUGCUCCCGUCCCGUCCCGUCCCCGUCCCGGUCCCGUCCCAUCCCGUCCCGUCCCAUCCCGUCCCGGUCCCGGCCCGGUGCUGGCGAUCCCGCCCCCGAAGCGCCGCCGGCCCGGCGGCUCCUCCCCUGCGCGGGGCGGGGCAUCCCAGGCCCGCCCGUCCCCGCCCGCGCCUCUUCCUGCGGCGGCAGCGGCGGAUCCGGACAGCGCCAUGGCGGGGAACGGCGAGCGCACCUUCAUCGCCAUCAAGCCCGACGGCGUCCAGCGCGGGCUGGUCGGGGAGAUCAUCAAACGGUUCGAGCAGAAAGGGUUCCGGCUCGUGGCCAUGAAGUUCGUGCACGCCUCUGAAGAUCUUCUCAAACAACAUUACAUUGACCUGAAAGACCGCCCCUUCUUUCCUGGUUUGGUUAAAUACAUGAACUCUGGACCUAUUGUGGCCAUGGUAUGGGAAGGACUCAACGUGGUUAAAACUGGGAGAGUAAUGCUGGGGGAAACCAACCCUGCAGACUCCAAGCCUGGCACCAUCCGUGGUGAUUUCUGCAUUCAAGUGGGAAGGAACAUCAUCCACGGCAGUGACUCUGUGGAGAGUGCACAGAAGGAGAUCAACCUGUGGUUCAAACCCACAGAGCUCAUUGACUUCAAGCCCUGUGCACACGACUGGAUCUAUGAGUGAUGGGUUCCCACAGUGAUUUGUGCCUUCCAACACCUCAUCUCAUUCCAGCUGCUGCCCUGGGAGCAACCACAGUUAUCUUAGUGCUGAAAGUGACUCUCAAAUAAAUGGGUGUGAAAUAA